AUGGGGGACCUGCGAGAUGUUACCGUCAGAUUAAGGGAAAGCCAUGCAUACCCUAAGUCCAGAUACUGUCGUGGAGUUCCUGAUCCAAAAAUCAGGAUUUACGAUUUCGGUAUGAAGAAGAAAGGAGUUAAUGAGUUUUUUUACUGUGUCCAUUUGGUUUCAUUGGAGAAAGAAAACGUGUCGAGUGAAGCUCCUGAAGCCGCAUGUAUUGCUUGCAACAAGUACAUGCAUGAUAACCUUCAGACCGGAAUGAAAGGUUCUUUUGGUACUUGUGCUAGAGUCGUUAUUGGUCAUGUUCUUCUCUCUGUUCGGUGCAAAGACAAUCAUGGACAUCAUGCUCAGGAGGCUCUUCGACGUGCUAAGUUUAAGUUCCCUGGUCGUCAAAAGAUCCUUGUUAACAAGAAGUGGGGAUUCACCAAGUUUAACCGUGCUGAUUACACAAAGCUAAGGCAAGAGAAGAGGAUUGAUCCUGAUGGUGUGAACGACAAGUUUCUAUCUUGCCAUGGUCCGUUGGCUAACCGUCAGCCCGGAAGUGCAUUUUUGUCAGCUGGUGUACAAUGA